GCAAAAACUGUUUUCAAAACAAAGUAUAGUUUAGAAUAUUAAUUAUAGUUCUUGGAUGUGAACAUAUUUCGUAUGUGUACAUGUUUCGAGCGAGAAUCUAUUUCUCUUGUCCACGAUUCAAUAACGGCCAGUAUAUUCUGAUAUUUUUGAAUUAUUUAUUAUAUUUUGGUUCAUUAUUUCUUUUAUAUGUACUAUAUCAUAAUGUAGCGCUAUAAUUUUUUAUAUUUUUCUGAAGUGUUUUUACAAAAUGUUUGAUCUAUUUUGAAAACGCACAUUACAUAGUAAUGAGCAACUUUUAUCUACAUUUAUAAAUUUAGGUUUUACAUCUUUUUUUUCUUUAAUUAUAUGAUAUGAUUGCACACACUAAUUACAAACUUCAUUAAAUGUCUACUUGUUAUCACAAAUUUUGUAUCAAAUGACAAGGUACGUAUCAAGACACUAUCGGCGAGACUGGGUUGGCAAGGGAACUACAUUUUUACAUUUUGCGCAUGCCUUAAGCUUGAUAGGAUAACAUGGAGGUUAUCGAUAUUUUUGUGCAGUCUUCUAAAUGAGAUAAUCUAUCGCCAAGAAAUGUCUGCUGUUUUGUAUGAACAAGAUCAUACGAAAACUUCACAGGAGGAUUUGCAACCAACUGUGGAAGCGCAAUGUUCCGAAAUAAACGACAGAAAUAAUUGCGGAGACAAUAACGAGAAACCACCACUCUAUUGUACUCAGCCCGAGGAUGAAUAUCCAUCAAAACCCGAAUGCUCGAUGGAACCGCUUGGUCCAUGGGCUACGGGACAAGUAUCUUGUUCUCCCAAGGGAGGGAUAACAGGUUUGAGACCCGUUGCGGAUCGAUAUUCUGUCACUCGCCACGGACCGAGCGAGUGGCGAGCACAUAAUUUAAAUAUUUUUCUGCAAUCGAAUGAGAAAGUCGCUGAUGCACAAAUUGUAGCAAAUAACGCGAAACAAUGCGUGGAUCGAGUGUAUGCAACAGCUAACAAGACACAAUUAGAUACAACGGAACACUUGAAAUCGCGGUCUCACGUAGUAUAUCAUUGGAAAGCGGAACUAGAACACGCAAUUGCUGCUCUCGCAGAAGAGAUUGAAUUACUAGAGAGCGAGCGACGUCGCGUACAACGAUCUUUGUCGAUGUUAACUGUUCCUGAAUCUAUCUCGAGCGAGUUUCUGCAAUUGCGUUCUUUUCGCUUAGAAUCCGAUCUCGUGCGCGAUCCUGUUGAGGAGCAACUCAUAAAGGAAAUAGCGCUUUGUGCCGAAAUACGACAUUCGUUAAAUAAGACUUACAAUCAGAUUACCACGCAGAUGACAGAAUUGAAGACUGCGAAAACGCGACUAGAAAACGACUGGUCCGACAAACUUCGUACUUACAACAUAGAUUCGAUUUGCGUGAAUUUAUCCAACGAUUCUCCCGUCGUUCUGUGGAAGGCCGGAGCUGCGAGAUUACCAAUGGAUCAAUCAACUCCUUCGAGUUACGAUGAUUUCACGCGAGAAGGAUUAACCUUCAGCGAGACUGCUAGACAAAAGUCAAUUGAUUUGAGAAUAACCUUGAAUAUAAUGUACGAUAAGUCUAUUAAGGAUUUGCGCGACCAAGCGACUCGCGUCGACACUGCGCUCGCCGAGAACGUGAAGAUCACGCAAGAAUGUUUAUAUCAAUUGGAAAAAGAGUUACUUAGUUGCUUGCGUGAAUUGGCGAACACAGAAAAUUUAAUCGAUACGCUCCGCGAUUCACCGAAGGGAUUAAACAACGCUAUGAAAGUGGCACAAACGAGAUUGGACAACAGAUUGCGUAGGUCGAAUGUUGAAAAUUGUCGAGACGCAGCUCAAUUUGCGCUCAUCGAAGAAGUGAAAUCUCUCGGCGAACAAACUUCUGCUAUAUCAGCAGAACUGAAACGUGCAGAAGAAUGUCAAGCGGAAUUGGUCAAUAUGAGGGACACUCUUGAACAUGAAAUAAUGGUAAAACAAAAAACUUUGUACAUAGAUAAAGAACGAGGUCAACUACUACGCUCAUCGUUUCCUUCUACGACAGCUCUGUCUGGAUUUUAAUAAAUUAAAU